GACAAUUAUUGUUCAUCAUUCAUCAUUUUCUGUGUCACAAUCAAUAUCAUUUCGAAGUAAACGAAACAUAAUUAAUUUCCAUAAAAAAAUGAAUCAUAUCAUCACCACCGUGUCUCUCGCCCUUCUGAUCAACGGCAUCAUUGCCGAUGUUGAUAGUAAAGAACAAUUACUGAAAAAAGGUGAAGAAAUUGGCAAACAAGCUAAAGAUGCAUUGGAAAUGUUGAAAUCACAGCAUCGUAAUCGUGAAGUUCGUCAUUUGGAAAAAGAUAUACCAUUGUUGAAUGAAUUGAUGCAAACUUAUCGAAAUCAGCAAACGGAUGAUGAAAAAAUGGCAAUUCUUGAAAAAGAAUUAACAUUAGUGAUCAAAAAAAUGUCAUUGGAAAUCGAGAUGGCAUAUUCGGAUGCACCAGAUAUUCAUACAAAGUUGGUGAAUCGUGCCAAAGAUAUGGUUCAACGUGGUGAAAAUACUUUGGCAUAUCUUAAAGAAAAAAAUCGUCAAGAUGAUGGUAAAACAGUACAGAAAGAUGUCAAUGAUUUAAAAGCAAUCAUUGAUCAAGUUGAACAAGAAGAUGAUAUGAUCAAAUUGAAUGAUCUUGAAUUGCAGAUGAUUAAAUUGGAAAACAAAUUGAGUAACGACAUUUUUGAAGUAAUUAGUCCACAUUAGCCUAUUUUUUUAAAUUAAUCUUAUUUUUAUUUAUUUAUUUAUUUCAAAUAAAAAAACUUUUUU